AUGAUCGCACAGCCGGACUCUUCCCUAAAGGACAAGACCGAGCAUGUCUCCAUCUUCUCAUCCCAACCACCCAUCUUCAUUUUGCCAAUGCAUCUCUCCCUGGAGGAGCUAGACGAGGUUGAAGGCCGGUUGAUAGACUAUGGUGGGAGAUUGACGUACGACAUUGCCGAAGCUAGCCUCGUUCUGGGGAAAGUCGGGCGCGCGAAGCGCGCAGCGCUAGAACUACGCACCCGCGGUGUUUGGACAGAGGAGCUCAUACCCAGCUCAGCUUCGAAAUCAACUGGUGGUGCCGAGCCUCCUGUCAAGCGCAGGCGUACAGCUCAGUACGAUGGGACCAAGGAUGUCCCAGUUGAAAUUAUCGAUCUCAGUACUGGGUCUGAAGGCGAGGGUGGAACUACAAAUCAGCAUGACUCUUCAAAGCACCCGAUUCCAGAGAAAGAGGCAAAGGCAAUAAAGGAUUCAAUCACAGUCUUGAAGCUCGAGUGGCUGGAUACCUCUAUCACAUCCGGCAAAUGUGUAUCUCAGGAUUCAUUCGUUGUCUACCGUGGGCGAAAGAUCCCUUCACCUCCUCCUACGACAGGGGCAGAAAAUAAGCAAAACCUCCUACAAAAAUCAAACCAAAUCAUCGAGCGUGCAAAGCAGGAUGCUGAACCCCCUGACGGAUCUUCGCAGCGCCCCCGACCAACGCUGUAUCGACAGACGACAUCCGAACACGAAAAGGAAGUUGAAAACGCACCCUCACAACCAGACUGGGUCCGUGACCAUGUCAUAUACGCAUGUCUACGCUCAGCACCUCUACAUCCUCCCAACGAAGACUUUAUCUCGCAACUUGUGAAAAUCAGACGAAUCCGCGAACUCACCCUCGACGAGAUCGGUGUGCGCGCAUAUAGCACCUCCAUCGCAGCAUUGGCAGCAUACCCACAUCCCAUCCAGCAACCGAGCGAGAUCCUCGCUUUACCAGGGUGCAAUGCCAAGAUCGCAGACUUAUUCUUUCAAUUCCAGCAACACGGCGGCUGCGAACAUACCGACGACGACGGGAACGUCGCCGCUGCCGAAGCACUGGAGACGGACCCCAUGCUCCGUGUUCUGAACUCAUUCUACCAGAUCUGGGGUGUUGGUGCGAAGACAGCGCGCGACUUCUACCAGCGUGGAUGGCGGGAUCUGGAUGAUAUCGUUGAGCAUGGGUGGGAUACGCUUUCGCGCGUGCAGCAGAUUGGAGUUAAAUUCUACGAGGAGUUCCUGGAGGGUGUUUCCCGUGCUGAGAGCGAGAGGAUUGCUGCUGUUAUUCGGGACCAUGCUGGUCGGGUUCGGGGGGAAGAGGGAAAUGGGAUUGAGUGUGUGAUUGUUGGUGGAUAUCGUCGUGGGAAGGAACUUAGUGGUGAUGUUGACAUUGUGGUGAGUCAUCGUGAUGAUGCGGUGACUCGGAAUCUAGUUGUUGAUGUUGUUGCGAGUCUCGAGGCGGAACACUAUAUCACCCAUACGCUUGCGCUGCAUUUGACUUCUUCGCUGCGGGAGCAGCAGACAUUGCCUUUUGAUGGAGAUGAUAGGAGGAAAUUUGAUACGUUGGAUAAGGCGUUGGUUGUCUGGCAAGAUCCGCAUUUCGACGACACCACUCCUGGACAUAAUGAACAUCAGGGGAAAAAGAAGAAUCCAAAUAUCCAUCGCCGUGUCGAUAUCAUUAUAUCGCCCUGGCGAACGGUCGGAUGUGCGGUGCUCGGCUGGUCUGGCGAUAUGACUUUCGAGCGAGAUCUACGGCGGUAUGCGAAGAAGGCACGCUCAUUGAAGUUUGAUUCGAGUGGUGUCAGAGACCGAACUAGUGGGAGACAGGUUGACCUGGAACGUGACGGAGAGACCUGGGAGGAGAGGGAGAAACUUGUGAUGGAAGGACUGGGGAUAGGCUGGAGACCGCCAGAAGAACGGUGCUCGAGAUAG